UGGCAUUGACGAAAUCAUCAUCUGUCAAUUGCAAAAGCCAGCUUUAUUUGGAACAGCUUACAUCCUGUGAAAAUAUCUUUAUCAGCAUCAAACAGCAGUCAUCGGUCAUCUGCCUAUCCCAGAUCCUUGGGAAGGACUCAAUAAAGGAUAAAAAUAUGCCAAAUCCAGUCUAAACAUCUGGCUGACUUUGUGAUGAACCAUAGCAAUAAUAAUAAUAAUAACAAUGAUAAUAAAAGCUAUAUUUUAAAAAAUGAUCAUUUGGGGGAAUUAAUGACUAGCAAUUCUUAAAUGUCUUGACAUUUAAAUAUCCAAUUAAAUGUCUCUCAUUCUGUACUACUUCCCUUUAUGGUCCAGUUUAUGUCCUUUUGAUAAGCUCUACCAUCUGGUAGCCUCUGAAUGUGCCGGAUGUAGAUGUGGUUGGAUAUCUAUGCUCUUUGUGGUGAGGUUGGUUUGUUUUUUUUAAAAAAGACUGUGUUUUAGAAACAAAAUAAAUAUAACCCAAUAGAUAAUGCUGGGGAUGUGAACAAAGAGCCUCCGCUGGAUCAGAGCAAAAAAUAUAUAUGUUUUUUUAGCCCAGUUAGCCCACUUUCGCAUAAUAGUCCUUUGGAAGAAUCUCUCCUCUGAAAUGGAUGCUGUUGUUCCAACUCCUAGGACUGCCACAGCUGUUCUGGCCACCCUCUUCUUACUUAUCCAACUUUGUGAUGCCAACAUUGUAUACGCAGAGAGAGGCUCUUCCCCAGAGUUGCCCUGCCCAUGUCCAUCUUGUUCUGGUACUAAAGAAAUAUCCUGGUAUUGUGUCCAGCAAGGCCAGACAGCUUUACUCUUCCGCAAAUCCUCCAACGACCGUAUAGAGCGUUUUCCAAUUGCCUGGAGCCGACUCAAGAUGCUUCAGAAUAACUCGCUUCAAUUUUACCAUGUGAGGGAUAAUGACACGGGUCGUUACUGGUGUGACAUGAACCGUUUUUAUGAUCUCGUGGUGGUGAGAAGCAGUCAGCAAAGGUUGGAGUCCUACCAGGCUGAUAGAAUAUGCUACAUCUUGAGCUGUUUAUUCCCAUCCAAGGAAUUCUAUAGGGAAGUGAUAACCUGGUGGGAAGGUGGAACACAAAUCCUGGAUGCUGAUCAGAUGGGAAGACCCAGCAUAUUUAGGGGGAAAAGGGCCUCUCAACUCCACAUCUGCGUGAAAAAGGAGGUUUUGGAGAAAACCAUGAAGAAGCACGUCCAAUGUCGCUUUGCUCGGAAGACCGAAAUCACGUUCAAGUUGACGGACAACCAUCAUGACCGCUGUACUUGUAGUACUUUGAGGCCUUCGUUUCAGGAUAUAGGGACAGUGAAAAAUGAUUUAUCGUCUCAAUGCUCAAAAGUAAAAAUAAACGGAGGACCAUGGAUUCCACUGGCGGUUUGCAUUAUAUUGCAAUUUCUAAUCAUUCUUACUUUGGUGGUUCUGUGGAGGAGGAGUUGUAGCCAAAAAUAUACAGACCAUCUGAAGAAGCCCCAGAAAGAUAUCCCCCUAUCUGAAUACACACCGCAGAUCUACGAGAAUAUCUAACCAGGACCACCGCUGUGACAAAGGAAAUAUUCUGGUUCUCACUGAGUCAAACCACCUUGGACCAAACCCAGCAACUCCUGAUGUUACGUUUCCCAAGAUCUAAAAUUUUCCUGGCUUUGGUGCUUGCUUUUUAAUCCUGUCAGGCCGUUCUUCAUCCUCUGAUCAACCUGCCAGGAUUGUGGCUCCCAUCAUCUAUUGGUUAGGUUGGCCAGUGAAGAUAGGUUAAUUAAGGACAGCAGAUCAGGAAAGCACCAGAGUAGAUAGGUCAGGAAACCCAAAGCUUUGGAUUUUGGGGGAUUUCCUCUUAUCUGAAUUAAAACAGCCUCCACCCAUUCUUGAGUCAGCAGAAAAACAAUAGAGGGAUGAUAUGUACUGUCUCCGUGGCUGAUCUGUCUCCUGCCUUGGUUUCAAAUUCAUGCAAAACUCGUGAUUUUUCUCCAAGCAACAAAGCCAAAUGGAUUCAGCACACUUUGAAGCUGCCUUUGGUGGAUAUUGAAAAUAGGAGAAAAAUACUAUUUUAAGAUCGAUACAGUUAAGAACUGUUUAAGCCUUAUAGAUGAGCUGGGGAGUACAGAACAAUAACAGGGUGGGCUGCAGGGAAAAAAAAAGGAAAGAGGUAGCCUGGGUAUAUUUAUGUUGUGUGUCAUUGCAAUAAGAAAAAGGUCCUGAGCUUUGGAUCUUCUGUUUGAAUUGCUGUUCAAAGUAGGAGGAGUUCUCCAAAAGGAAACUUCCUCCAAUGUGAAAUACAUUUUUCCUGGUUUUUGCAUUUUAAUAAUUUUCUUUGUAUAGGUAGUCCUCAGCAUAUGACCAUUUGUUUAGUGACUUUCCAAAGUUAACGACAGUGCUGAAAAAAAUGAUUUCGCAAUAGCAAUAGCACUUUGUCUUUCAUACCGCUUCAUAGUGUUUUACAAGCCCUCUCUAAGCGAUUUACAGAAUCAGCCUAUGGCCCUCCCCAAUCUCAUUUUACCAGAAGGAUGGAAGACUGAAUUAACCUUGAGCCAGUCAAGAUUGAAUUGCUGACAGUGGGCAGAGCUAGCCUGCAAUACUGUAUUCUAACUACUGCGCCGCCAUGGCUCUUAAUAAUAAUAUAUGUAUAUAUUUUCACACUGUGUUGUGGUCCUCCAGCAGCCUGCGGAGCUGGCAGUGGAGUCAGACAGUGAGGAGCUGGGGAGGACAAUGGGUCAAUCCUGGAGUCAGGGGAAGGCUCAGACGAGGGGUCUGCGUCGGAGGCAGAGAUGGGGCCGGGGCCAUCUGGGAGCGAUGUGCGGACUCCGGAGCCUCCAGAGGCGGACAACAGAGAGGCAGAGGAACAGGAGGAGCCUGUUCCUAGUGCAUGCAUGAGAAGAGCUUCCAGAAGGCAAGUGCAGCUAAAGCAAAAAGGAUGACUCGGGAGUAAGGCCAAGAAAUGAUUGGCCCCUCCCAUAAGGCUUAAAAGAGCAGCAAGGCUCUUUGUAGGAAAGCAACAUUGCUACAAUUGUUUUUUGUCGGUGUCUCCUGUUUCUGAACUUUGUGGGGUUCUUGCCAAGAAAAGCCUUUGGCAGGGUGCCAAAAAAGACAAAGGUUUGUGAUAAGAAGGACUUUUUCUGAAGGACUGGUUUUGGAAUUAAUUUGGACUAAGCUAAGAAUAAAGUAAUUUUCAGCUUUUGUAAUAAAAUAUGUUUCUUUAGGACUGGUAAUAACUACUUGGGCCUAGGUCACAACACACUGCCCCCUUAUCCUAUGAUCCACUGCUAUGAUCCACUGGAGAUCCCCUAAACAGCUGGGAUAUCAGCAUUCUCCAGGAGCCCCUGAAUCCACGCUGUGCCACCGAUGAUGGCCACACCCCUCUCCAACUAUGGGCCCUUUAUGACCUAUGGACUUCAACUCCCAGAAUUCCUGAGCCAGCCAUGUUGAAGUUCACAGGUCAUAGCAAAAGCAAUAGCAAUAGUACUUAGACUUGUAUACUGUGCUUUAGAGUCCUCUCUAAGUGGUUUAUAGAGCUCAGCAUAUGGCCUCCAACAAUCUGGGUCCUCAUUUUACCAACCUUGGAAGGAUGGAAGGCUGAGUCAACCAUUCAGAAUCAAACUCUUGACAGUUGGCAGAAUUAGCCUGAAGUAUUGCAUUCUAACCACUGUGCCACCAUGGCCCUUAUGACCCAUUUGUGACCCAUCCAUGCACUUCCAACCACUGCAGGUCCAUGUCAUGUGAUUGUCGUUUGGGUGUUUGGCAUCUGACAUGUAUUUCUGGUAGUUGAAGCAUUUCAGGGUCACAUGAUCACCAUUUGCAAUCUUCACCUGGCUUCUGACAAGCAAAUUCAAUGGAAUAUGCUAGAAUUGUUUAAUGGCCAUGUGAUUCACUUAACAACAAUGGUGAUUUGUUUAACAGUCAUGGCAAAAGAGGUCAUAAAAUUGGAUGUGGACACAUGAUGAUUCCCUUAAUGGCCAUAUUGCUUAGCCACAGACAGUCCAGUCACAACUGUGUUUGUAAAUCAAGGAUUACCUGUAGCAUCAUAAAACAGGUGUCAGGGUUCUGACAGACGCCCUAAUUAAAUCAUAAGCCUCGAAUCAAGCUUCAAAAGAAAUCCAGUUAUUUAUUAGGAGCUUCAUGUCGGCACGUUCCAAGUGAAGCCAACUCUGACCUCACUUAAUUUAUGUCCCCACUCUGAACCUGUUUCCCCCCUCCCCCCAAGGUGUGUCAUCAGUCACAUUCUCCAAUGAAGCAAUUUUGCGGGUUGUAGAGAUCACUCCCCUCUGGCCACUGUGGGAAACUGCGGAGAUGGCCUUGACAGAGAGAUUGCUGGAAUAUGCUUCUGUUUUGAUUGAAGUGCGAUUCCCUCGCUGCAACUGCAACGUUCAUUUUCCCAUCCCCUUUGCCUACGGCCACUCAAAAGCAGGUCAGGGAUACUUUGCAAGUUGGCAACAUGUUUAAGAUGACCAUCUUUUCUACAUUGGAUAUUAAAAUAUAAGGAAACAAUCGCUCUUUCUCUUUAUUAUCCCUUCCCCUAACUACUGUGGCUUAUUUUCAGUUUCCCCUUAAUGGGAUCAGAAAAUAAACAUUAUAUUGGA